AUCAUUUGCCGGUACUGCGAAGCCGGUAAUAAUUAUAAAUUACCUCAAUCAGAAGUACCCGGCUUACGUCAGUAUUUACCGUGAUCUUAUGCCUUUCAUGAUUGGUGUUGGUGAUGCCGAUGCGGAGAGUCAUUUGCCCAGUUCGCUAAUCUUUUGUGGGUAUUGGUAAACACAAACUUCAAGUUGAAGUGCCACGUCGCCCUCUUUUUUGUCUUCUUCUUCACGGUCUGUUGCUGCGGUUUUGUGCCGGGAUUAGCGGCGGGGCGCAGUGACGUGUCAGCAGUAUACCCAUGUUGCAUUCAUUUGCUUUCCAACUCCAGACAGGGCUGAGCUGAGCAUAGCGGAACGAAUCAUCAAACUACGCCGACAGGCCUGGCGGUGAAUCAUUACUCUUCGUCUUACAUUCAGCUAGAAUAUUACAUCAUCCCAUUAGGGUCUGCCAGACUGCCACUCUACCUGUAGCCGCAGUUCGCUACUAUCUGUUUCCUCAUAUCUACACUUUUCAGACCUGAGUUUGGGAUUACGUGAGAUUUUUUUUUAGAGGAAGGGACUAGAGGCGACUAUCAAAAUGAUUGAUGAAGCUAAUUCAACAGCAACUUCUUUACCAGGUACAAAAGUGCCAUCGGCUCAAGUAUGGGGUUAUGGCUUCCUCUUCGUGACAAUCAUCAAUAUGGGAGCCUUUGCCGGGGUGUGGGUGAUCCCUCUUAUGGACAAGAGGAUGUAUAAGAAUGUCAUCAUGUAUCUAGUAUCCCUCGCCGUAGGGACGCUCGCAGGAAACGCUUUACUUAGUCUCAUUCCAGAGGUAAGUACAAUUAUCAAUAUGGGAGCCUUUGCCGGGGUGUGGGUAAUCCCUCUUAUGGACAAGAGGAUGUAUAAGAAUGUCAUCAUGUAUCUAGUAUCCCUCGCCGUAGGGACGCUCGCAGGAAACGCUUUACUUAGUCUCAUUCCAGAGUCUCAAGGUAUUUUCCUGGACGAGGCCGGCCAUGAUUUCAUCUGGAAGAACAUGGUGGUCUUGGGAGGUAUCUAUCUCUUCUUCAACACGGAACGCUUACUCAAAAUCAUCGCCAGCAGACGAAGGGCCAGAUCGAGAAGUAGUUCUGAUAUAUCACGGAGAUCGGGCAUGGUGGUGACGGCAAUGCACAACUUAGACUCUAACCCAGACAGAAUAGGCUAUAAAUUCACAUCCCCAACGGAGGCCAUGGCGAUGACUGAUGCAAAGGAUCUGGAGGCGGAGCGGGAGAAAAGAGCAAGUCGGGAGGCUUUAGAGGAAGGAAAUGGUUUGCUUUAUUCUACACCAUCGGGCGAUGAUAAAAAGGCAUCAUCCCUCCGGGAUGUCUAUCUCAGAAGUAAUGAGAAAGACAACCUGAGACCUGAUUCCAACCUUACCAAUCACCAUGGCAAACCCAAUGGCCACACCCAUGGCAACGGCAGCCACCACGGUCACUCCCACGCACAGAUAUACGAUGGAACGAACAUGAUCGCCACCGUGGCCUACAUGAUCAUCUUUGGUGACGGCCUUCAUAAUUUUAUCGACGGGCUGGCGAUCGGGGCGUCCUUUACGAAUUCCGUUUACCAGGGGAUUAGCACGUCGGUUGCGGUCAUUUGCGAAGAAUUUCCCCAUGAGCUCGGUGACUUUGCCAUCUUGUUGAACUCUGGGAUGACUGUGAAGCAAGCCGUCCUUGCAAACUUCUUGUCGGCGUGUACGUGCUACUUGGGCCUCAUCUUCGGUAUCGUUCUUGGGGAGAAUUUCCACGCCAGCGAGUGGAUCUUUGCUCUGGCGGGCGGCAUGUUUCUUUAUAUUUCGUUGGUGGAUAUGCUGCCCGAGAUUAAUAAUGUUGGAGGCGGAGACCCAACAGAUGAGGACCAGAGAAGCUUCAGGAUCUUUUUCAUUCAGAACGCUGGACUUCUUUCUGGGUUUGGUCUAAUGUUGAUCCUGGCCUUGUUUGCUGGCCAGAUCCAGGUCUAACUUCAAAGAUGGUCUCAAUUAGAACACAUGUUGGUCCAAGCUAUAUACGUAGGUGAGAUCAAGGCCUAACCUUCAUGCAUGCAUGUAGCCCCGACCAGAUUAGUUGGUCCAGGCCUUGUUCGCUAUCGAAAUCCUAGUCUUCAAAAUAUGGCCUCAACAUUUUGGGCAGAUAUAUUUUUUUUGUUUCUCAUGCAUAAUGUGUACCAUAUCUCUCUUCCUAUCAAAGAUUUACAUGUGCAUUCAAGAGAAGUUAUUUCAAGCAUUUUUUAUACCC